UUGCAGAAAAUCCUUUUCUAUGUAAAGUCGGGUGCCUUUCUCCUUCUUUGUACAGACUGCUGUUUCAUGGUAAUGAUUUGGUUACACUUUUAUUCUAAAACAGGGUGGAGUUCAGCUCUGGAAGUGCAGUAUAUUACAGAAGGUGACUCUGCUGCAGACCUUAUGGUGACUGCUACACCUAGCGAUUUACCAACCAUGGCUUCAGACUUAGUGACCAGCUUCCUUCUAUGCACCGUUGUUAUGUUGAUUGUGAAGAUCUUAAUCGGCUUUUCAAAAAGGAAGAUUUAUAAUUUUCCUCCAGGACCGACCCCGUUCCCCAUUAUUGGUAACCUGCAUUUACUGGAUGUAGAUAGGCAAGACUUAUCUUUUAUGGAGCUUGCAAAGAAAUAUGGUCCAGUCUUCACAUUCCAUCUUGGGCCUUUAAAAGCAGUGGUUCUGGUUGGGUAUGAAGCCAAUAAAGAUGCUCUGCUCGGGGCCAGCUAUGAUUUUGGAAAUCGUGCUCCAGUCCCUAUUGCUGACAACUUUCAGAAGAAUCAUGGAGUUUUCUUCAGUAAUGAUGAGAUGUGGAAGGUAACCCGAAGAUUUAUGCUCUCCAUACUAAGAGAUCUUGGGAUGGGGAAGAAACCCAUUGAAGGCAGAAUUAUUGAGGAGCUACAGUUUCUGAAUGCGGAAAUUCAGUCUUAUAAUGGUAAACCUUUUCAUAAGAAAGUGUUAUAUCUGGCUGCCCCUAACAUAACUUUUGGAAUGUUAUUUGGGAGACGGUUUGACUAUAACAACCCAACGUUUCAGAAGCUUAUAACCAUCAUGGAUGAUAUUGUAGUCAAUACUGGUACUCCAGGUGCAAAGUACUACAGUGUCUUCCCAAUACUGAAAUGUUUCUUGAAACAACCCGGUCUUGUCAUGGACAGGAUUAGUCAACUAAAUGAAAUUUUAAGAGUUCUUUUCAAGGAAGCGAAAGAACGUAAAUAUGAAGACUCAUUCAGGACGUACGCAGAAGCUUUCUUGCAGAAACAUGAAAUGGAAAAAGUAACAGAUGGAAAAGAGAGAAUCUUUACAGAAAAGAACUUGUUGGCUUCUGCCUUUGAUCUCAUGCUCGGUGGGACAGAGACCACGUCCACCACAUUACAGUGGGGUAUUCUGCUCAUGAUGAAAUAUCCUCAUAUACAGAAAAAAGCUCAAGAUGAAAUUGAAAAUGUGAUAGGUCUUGAGCGUCCUCCUAGAUGGGAUGACCAGAAAGUCCUUCCGUACUGCUUGGCUGUAGCCCAUGAAGUUCAGCGCUGUGCCAACAUCUUACAGUAUUUACCACAUACCACACCUACAGACGUCCAUUUCAAAGACUAUUUUAUACCAAAGGGAACUACAGUGAUUCCUCUCUUGUCAUCGGUUCUCAACGACGAAACCCAAUGGGAGACCCCCAGCCGAUUUAACCCCAAUCACUUCUUGGAUGCUGAUGGAAAAUUCCUGAAAAAAGAUGCAUUCUAUGCAUUCUCCAAAGGGCGCAGAGUCUGCGCUGGAGAGAGCCUUGCCAGAAUGGAGGUAUUUCUUUUCAUCACUGGAUUACUGCAGAAGUUCACAUUCACACCCCCUCCGGGAGUGAGCACAGAGGACUUGGACCUCACUCCAGAAGUAGUCUUCACCAUGAGAACCAAGAAUUACCACGUCUGCGCAACUCCCAGGAACUAGACAGAUUAAACUUUGUCAACAUAUUCCAUUUGUACUUGUACCUUGAAGAUGCGCCCCUUGCAAUCCGGUAGUAGGUCUAAAGGUCACAAUAGAUCUCAAUGCUCCACCACCGGGCACUUACCCAACUGAUACAAUAUCAAGACAAGAUAAGCUCUAUCUUGGCGCUUAUGCUGAGUGUUUUCAAAUAAGAGUUCAAUCUUUUAUAUCAUGGUUAUAAAAAUAAAGGUAAGUGAACCUGUAUUUCCACCAGCAUAAAAAUACAUUAUGUAUUUUAAUGCACUGCUUGGAUCUAAAUUGAAUGAAAAUAUUAAGUCAAGCACGAAAAUUUAAUUUCUGUCAUCAAUGGGGUGAAAUGCAUGUCCAUACGUUCAGGUAU